UGACUACGAUGUCGUUUUCUUGGCAUCUCUUGUUGGGGUGGACAAAGAGGCCAAACUCAAAGUGAUUGAACACUUGGAGAAUCACAUGGCUCCUGGAGCUCUGCUCAUGCUUAGGAGUGCUCGAGGCCUUAGAUCUUUCCUAUAUGUAGACGUUGAUCCUUGUGAUCUAAAAGGUUUCGAGGUCUUGGAAAUUUAUCACCCGUCCAUGUCUGAUGGCUUUGUGAACUCAGUGAUGGUCGCACGCAAAAUUAAUCAGCGAUUGAAUAAGCACGAGUGGUCAAGACUGGAGCCAUACUUGUGGAACAAGGCAGAUGAUGAUUUCCCUCAUGAGGCCCUCUCUUCCUAGUUCAAUAUUAGUUCUGUGUUUUUGUCAACGUGUUGACGAAAUCUAAAUUAGUUGUUGUUUUCUCUCUCUGCUUAUUGUUAUUAUUAUGUCUCUGUAUCAGCAAGACCAUUUUCUCAUAUUUUAAGAAAUUAUUUAGCCUGUGAA